GUUGAAGUAACAUCGCGUUACACCCGCGGCGCAUCCUGGGCCACCUCGAAGUCCCGCCAACAUUUGUCGAGCGUCUUCUCUCGUCCUGCGGACACGCGUAAAGGAAGUUACAAAAACUCUGUGGAGAAGAAUCGGAAAGCAAUUUUUAGCACUCUAUUUUCUAGUGUGGCAAAUAGUGCGGUGAAUAUUUUGAAAUUUGGCGAAAGCAGCGGCGAGAACAUGAGUGCGUUUAAAAGAUAUCAGAGCAAGGUGUUCUGGAACCAAAUGGCCGCGCGCGAUUUGGAGGACGAUCACUUUGCAAGGACGAACGAUCCUCCGCGUUACUAUUUUAGCGAAAAUAGUCUCCGCGAAAAGGAGAGGGACGAGGAGGAGGAAGAGGAAGAAGAUUCUAUCGACAAAUCAGAAAACGAUACGAUCGAUGGCGCAAAUAUCACCGCAAUACGUGUUUGCGAUAAAAGCGACGAGAAAUCAAAACAGGACGCGUCUCGGAUUUCGUUGAUACGCGACGAGAGUGUCGCACGCAGCAGAACGGAAAUGGAAGAAAUGGAUGCAGAAGAGCAAGAUCGCGAGACCGUCACGAGGAACAGAUCCUGCAGCCCUUUGAGCCAGGAUCUCAAAAGCCAGGAUUCUGGAUUCUCCGAUUCCGAAAGAUCGGACUGCUCGGAAGAUUACGAAAACGCGACUCCGAGGCGGAAAAUGAGGAGGAAAAAAAUGCGGCGACGCAGGAUUCAGUCGACGGGAAUCGCUUCGGCGUGGGUGGAAGGCGCAUCUCCCCCGAUGCCGACGCAUACAUCAACACCGAAAAGUUCCAGGAUAACCGCAGCGAUGAAUCGUCUCGAAAAAUCCACGAGAAACACAUCACAAAAACAAGGAGCUGACGAUGAGCAGGGCGACGCGACGCUACCUUCGUCCGUCUCACUGGAGGAUGAAUGCCUAGGCGAUUUUCUGUACGCAUCCGAACCGCCGGAAGACAGCGUUCAGCCAUCGACAACGAAAUCGACGACUUCCAUCGAUGCGACUCCGGAUGCGAUCAUCGCCGCCGGCAGGGACGUGUUGAAUUCCCGAAAUUAUCGUCAAUCGUCGUCCAUGCGCGCCUGGCUCACCGAUCUUGUCACGGCGACCGAAAAUGAAUGCUGCAGCACGUUACAGAGCAAAAAUCUGCCUCGCAUGAGAGCCCGAUUGGUGUCCGGUGAGGUGCACGCGCGAGAUCUGAAGAUGCUGUCCUCGGCGGCAACUGCAGCCGCGAGCAAACUUCUCGUCAGCGCAGAACAUUUCGAGCAGCAUCAUCGCAGCAUCGUCGAAAAAAUAACACGGCUGGAAGGCGGCAGGUCCGAGAUGGAACUCCUCCGCAGCAUCGAGGAGGCCGCAUUCUCGAUGCUCUCUCAGUUGGGAGCGCCUCCACCUCGUAGGAUUCAGCAGGGCAGUCUGCGAAGCAUCCUCGCUCAAUUGCAGAACAUGAAGAUAUACGUCGACGGCACGAUCGACACGCGCUUAGAUUUCUACAUGGAGAAAAUAAUCCGCGGCCUCGAGGAAGCUCCGCAGGAAGACAGCAGCGUGGCCAGAGGCGCUCUAGCAGCCUUGACGGCUCUAGGAUUAUCGGAUCCUCGCGCGGGAAGCAGCAUAGCUCGAUGCUCUGGUAUCAAGGCUCUCCUGACGUGUCUCAUCGCUGUCGGCCGAGUCACACCGGAUGAUUUCGUGGCGACCACGCUGCGCGCUCUCGCAAGCGUAUGCUGUUCCGCGACGGCAAUCGAAUGCUUUGCCAAGGACGGUGGCCCGGAGAUUCUGACGGAUCUUCUGGCCGCGGAAUCCUCCUCCGAGCGAGAGAAGACUGAAGCCACCGCCUUAGUGGUGCAAAUCACAGCGCCGUGGACAAAUGCGCGCGGUCUGCCGUAUCUGGAACCCUUCGCGGAUUCGCUGAUCCCGGCGCUGAAUCAGCUAGUUGAGAGCACCGGUUGCGCGCAGACUUUAUUACUGGCUGCCGCGGCAUUAAAUCACCUGUCCAAGUUGAGAUUGUGCGCCGGUGUCAUAAUGCGGGAGGACAGCGUGCGAAAGCUUCUGCGAAGUGUGAAGAAGUUCGCCGGUGGCAACGUCUGGCUGAUGGAGCAGGUUGCCGCCCUGAUCAGCGAGCUGGCGCGCGUUCCCGAAGGUCGCGCACAUCUAGCAAAUGCGCGUGCCUCCGUCGCGUUGGUCUCUUUCCUCAGAAUGAGACCGCCGGGUUUAGAAGACGCGUACCGACGAUUGGAGAUGACCGCGACGGCCGCGCUUACGAGGCUCUGCGUAGAGCCGGAAAUCGCACGGCAGGUAGUCGCGGUGGGCGGUGGAGAUUGUCUACCGAGCGCGUGCAAGGUCGACGAGGCUCGAACGGAGGAUGAAGAGGAGAUGCAGAUGGGAGCAGGCUUGUUGAGGUACACCAGGUCGUUGAGACGUGCGUGCAAGAAGGCCGCAAGACAGAUCGGGAUUGCAAAGGCCAAGGAUCACAGUCCGAUGGAUUGAGGAAAUUCCAGGGAGAGGAAAUCUGUUGACAAAUUUACAAUUCUCAAUUCAGGGAUCAUUGUUUGUUUGAAAGAAAAACUGCACGAAAUAAAAAAUAUCAAAUUUGUUUUUUGUUUAACUAAAAACUUCAAAAUAUAUC